AUGGAGAUGGAUUGGCCAGAUAAUCAGGAGCCUGUAUCCAGCAUAACAAGACAGAUGGAUUGGCCAGAUACUCAGGAGCCUGUAUCCAGCAUAACAAGACAGAUGGAGAUGGAUUGGCCAGAUACUCAGGAGCCUGUAUCCAGCAUAACAAGACAGAUGGAUUGGCCAGAUACUCAGGAGCCUGUAUCCAGCAUAACAAGACAGAUGGAUUGGCCAGAUACUCAGGAGCCUGUAUCCAGCAUAACAAGACAGAUGGAGAUGGAUUGGCCAGAUACUCAGGAGCCUGUAUCCAGCAUAACAAGACAGAUGGAUUGGCCAGAUACUCAGGAGCCUGUAUCCAGCAUAACAAGACAGAUGGAUUGGCCAGAUACUCAGGAGCCUGUAUCCAGCAUAACAAGACAGAUGGAGAUGGAUUGGCCAGAUACUCAGGAGCCUGUAUCCAGCAUAACAAGACAGAUGGAUUGGCCAGAUACUCAGGAGCCUGUAUCCAGCAUAACAAGACAGAUGGAGAUGGAUUGGCCAGAUACUCAGGAGCCUGUAUCCAGCAUAACAAGACAGAUGGAUUGGCCAGAUACUCAGGAGCCUGUAUCCAGCAUAACAAGACAGAUGGAGAUGGAUUGGCCAGAUACUCAGGAGCCUGUAUCCAGCAUAACAAGACAGAUGGAUUGGCCAGAUACUCAGGAGCCUGUAUCCAGCAUAACAAGACAGAUGGAGAUGGAUUGGCCAGAUACUCAGGAGCCUGUAUCCAGCAUAACAAGACAGAUGGAUUGGCCAGAUACUCAGGAGCCUGUAUCCAGCAUAACAAGACAGAUGGAUUGGCCAGAUACUCAGGAGCCUGUAUCCAGCAUAACAAGACAGAUGGAGAUGGAUUGGCCAGAUACUCAGGAGCCUGUAUCCAGCAUAACAAGACAGAUGGAGAUGGAUUGA